AUGAUCAAACAAGGUCAUGGUGGAAAAUUAAUUGCAGCAGCUAGUAUCAGUGCACAUAAGCCGUUCAUGCAUGGUUCAAUGUAUGCUACAUCAAAAUGGGCUGUUAGAGGGAUGACACAAGCAGCCGCUUUAGAACUAGCAAAGCAUAAGAUUACUGUCAAUUGUUAUUGUCCCGGGAUAAUUCAGACAGACAUGUAUUAUGAUGGUACUCAAGCAGUUGCUGCACAAACAGGUGUAAAACUAGAUGAUUUACAACAUAGACUUGUACAUCAGACGGCAGCUAUGGGACGGCUUGGGCAACCUGAUGAUGUUGCUCAAUGUAUUAGUUUCUUGGCAAGCCAAAAUUCUAAUUUUGUUACUGGACAAAGUCUGAUCAUUGAUGGUGGAAUACAUUAUACUUAA